AUGUACUUUGACUACACAACUGCCAGGAUCCUGGUAAUGGAGUGGGUCGAGGGCACGCGCCUGCGCUCCGCGAGCCGCCAGCGGCGCGCCCCCGACGGCUCCUUUGUGUCUGACGCGGCGCGAGAGGAGGCGGCGGAGGACCUGCGGCUGGUGGAGGUUGGCGUGAGGUGCAGCCUGGAGCAAAUGCUGGAGCAGGGCUUCUACCAUGCGGACCCCCACCCAGGCAACCUGCUGAAGACCCCCGACGGCCGCCUGGCGUACCUGGAUUUCGGUGGGCAUGAUGGGCACGAUUGA